GAGAAAGUCGCGCACCUGCUGUCUCUCUGGCGCAGCUUCAGAAGGGAUCCGGCUUCGUCACCAGACCAACAAAAAUGGCGAACUGCUCUGCACUACUUGCAGGAACUCCAAGAGAACCCCGAGAUGCAGCAGUGUGCCCAGAAGGAAGCACAACUGUGCCAUGCCGAGUUGACUGAGGGAAUCCUGAAGUCCAUGGCCCAGCAGAUGAACAAGCACCUCCGAACUUCAGGGGCAUCAUUGCAGUGGAGCGCUUCACAGGUGCCUCGCAUUCUGCAGCUGGUUGCUCAGCUUGUGCCUACCGAGCAGAUGGCCCAGCACAAGCGCCCUAUCGAGCAGGUGGCUCCGCUCGUGCGCCCUGCCGAAAAAGACAAGAAGCUGUGGACCCCAUUCUUCUGGGAAGCCGGGAGUUUGAUUGCCAAGAAAGGGCUGCGGAACAGCACCGAUCCAACCAAAAAGAACGUCCCACAGACCAUGAGCAUCGUGGCUGACGCAUACGGAAAGAUGGGCUUUUCAUGGUGGCACGGGCCUCUGCUCGGGGAGUUCUCGAACCACCUCCAGGAGCAGCACCUCGCAACCAUGGGGCCUCUCGAGUUGGUCAACGUCUUCCAUUGGUUCGCGCAGCUGGUCUUCGAGGGCGAGGGCUGGCAACGAGAAGAUUGGAUCCGCUGGCGGCGAGAAGUUGCACUGCGGAUU